AUGCGCGGCAAUAAUGGCCUUGUUCGUAAUAUCGCUGCCAGUAUGAUUACUGGUUCCAAGUUCCCGCAGUUGCAGGUGCUCUUUGGUGCCGGUUUGUCUUUUAGCAAGUGCCACACUGAGCGUCGUGUCCUGGUGGACUCGCACACGCCCUGGGUAUUUGAUGAAGAAGAGGUUAUGCGCUCGUCUCGCUUGUGGACAAAUGACUAUGAUAUGUACUCACCAAGUGUAGUGGGCUCUGUGAUAUACCACAAUUACUCCAAGGUACCUGCUCGCUUCGAGCGACUUUCGGCGGAUCCGUUGAUGAAGAAGCGCGAGAGCAAAUGGCAAUUAACCACGUACCUCAACUUUUCUGGUGUGACUCUUCAGAAAGGUGUAAGUGAUACAGAUUCAUGUGAGCAGCUUCACUGGGUACCUUAUGAGAACGCAACAGAGGUGGAGGCUCUGAUGGGAAAUGGUUGGAAGCUGGAGGUGGUGUCAUCUGGAGCUACGGUGCCGACACUCGAACAGCAGGUUGCUUUGGAAAUAAGUCAGGACGGAAAGCAACAAGAAAUUUUGUGCGAAAAGGCAGUGGCAGUUUUAUAA